CUGUCUCCUCGCCUACCCCACCACCCCUCACCGCCCAUACACACGAAUACACACGGCAAUACCGGCUGUUGUGUUGAGCCCCUUCCUGGGAUUCGGAUUCUACUCGUCACAUUUGCGGAGCGGAACACCUCUCACCAUGGCGAUGCAACUGGACAUGUCGAACGCGCAGGUGAUGAAGGACGAGGCGGGCAGGCCGUUCAUCAUUGUCAGAGAUCAGGGCAAGAAGAAGAGGCAGCAUGGCAACGACGCUGUCAAGUCACAUAUCCUGGCCGCCAAGACGGUUGCGAACAUCGUCAAGACUUCUCUGGGACCACGGGGGCUGGACAAGAUCCUCAUCUCACCGGAUGGCGACAUCACCGUAACGAACGACGGCGCCACCAUUCUCUCUCAAAUGGAAAUAUCCAACCACGUCGCGAAGCUUCUAGUCGAGCUAUCAAAGUCUCAAGAUGAUGAGAUCGGCGACGGUACAACAGGUGUGGUGGUUCUGGCCGGUGCGUUGCUCGAACAGGCAGCGGACCUGAUCGACAAGGGCAUCCAUCCCAUCAGGAUAGCGGACGGAUACGACCAGGCCUGUGAGGUUGCUGUGGCGAGGCUGGACGAGAUCAGCGACGAGAUCCACUUCUCCAAAGACAACAUUGAGGAGCUGUUCAAGGUCGCCAAAACUAGUCUGGGCAGCAAGAUUGUGUCUAAAGCACACGACCAGUUCGCCAAGAUUGCCGUCGACGCCGUGCUAUCGGUGGCAGACCUGGAUCGCAAAGACGUCGAUUUCGAGCUCAUCAAGGUCGAUGGCAAGGUCGGUGGUGCGCUGGAAGACACAUUACUGGUCAAGGGCGUCAUAAUAGACAAAGACUUCUCUCAUCCCCAGAUGCCGUCUGAAGUCAAGGAUGCCAAACUUGCCAUUUUGACUUGCGCUUUCGAGCCGCCUAAGCCCAAGACCAAGCACAAGUUGGACAUCACUUCAGUCGAGGAGUUCAAGAAGCUGCAAAAUUACGAGUCCAACAAGUUCACCGAGAUGAUUGAUCAGAUCAAGAACACAGGCGCAAACGUUGUCAUAUGUCAAUGGGGUUUCGACGACGAGGCCAACCAUCUCCUCCUUACAAACAAAUUGCCCGCCGUGCGGUGGGUCGGAGGUCCAGAGAUCGAACUCAUCGCAAUUGCCACAAACGGUCGUAUAGUGCCGCGCUUCGAGGACCUUAGCGCAGAGAAGUUGGGCAAGGCAGGCAUUGUCCGCGAGCUCACCUUUGGAACGACAAGGGACAAGAUGUUGGUCAUUGAGGAGUGCGCAAACACCAGAGCCGUAACCGUCUUUGUCCGAGGUAGCAAUAAGAUGAUCAUUGAUGAGGCGAAACGAUCAUUGCACGAUGCUCUUUGCGUCGUCCGGAACCUUGUACGAGACAGCCGCAUCGUCUAUGGUGGUGGUGCUGCCGAGAUUGCAUGCUCAUUGGCAGUUGAGGAUGCAGCCGUUAAGAGUCCUGGUCUUGAGCAGUACGCGAUGCGCGCCUUUGCCGAUGCCCUAGACUGUGUCCCCAUGGCACUGGCGGAGAACUCGGGUCUCAGUCCCAUUGAAACUCUGGCCAACAUCAAGUCCCGACAAGCAAAGGAGAAGAACACGAGACUAGGUGUUGACUGCAUGCAGACAGGAAGCAAUGAUAUGAAGAAAGCCUUCGUGAUCGACCCCUUGAUCUCAAAGAGGCAACAGCUCCUUCUCGCGACACAGCUCUGCAGGAUGGUGCUCAAGGUCAACAACGUGAUUAUCGCUGGAAACGACGAGAAUGAUUUCUAGACGACAUGGCCUGGCACAGGAGCGUGAUGUAAACGCUAUCGUUUGACGGAAUCAGGGCAGGGCGCGUUAGCGGCGCAAAGGAAGCCCAAGGAUACCAGAUACAUGACGGAAUGAAAAAACAAUAGAAUGUCUCACGACA